AUGUAUUCCUGGCUUCAAAGUAAAAAUGAUAAUACUAUGGAAGACAAUUCGAUUCAAUCUUUAAUUGCACCAGAAGAUUGCGAACAAACUCUACAAGAUACCCUUCAAAAUACAAAAAAUACGGAAAAAACAAGAACUAACAGUGAUGAUAACAAUAAUGAAGAUGAUGUAAUAAACUUAAAUUUAGGUGAUCCAAAUUUAUGGCCAAAUGUUAUAACCCAUAACUUUAGAGUGAUGUGUACCAAAGUUGGUCCUAAACAAGAUGUUCAAAGCACUUUUCCUAAAAAUGAAGAAGUAUCAGAUACAACUGGUGAAGGACUAGCUAAUACCCUUUUAAAAAGAAUAAAUGAGCUGGAUUUGGAUAUUAUGUAUUGUAGAGGGCAAGCAUACGAUAAUGGGGGCAAUAUGAAAGGAAAAUAUAAAGGCGUACAGUCCAGAAUAAUUAGUUUAAAUUCUCAUGCAAUUUAUGUCCCUUGCAUAUCACAUUCUUUCAACCUGUUAAUCUGUGAUGCUGCUUCUAGCAGCAUAUAUUGUAAAAACUUUUUUGGAUUGCUGCAACGCGUAUAUUGUUUGUUUUCUGCCUCAACCAAAAGGUGGGAAAUUUUACGAAAGCACUUAAAUAUUACGUUAAAACCAUUAUGUGAUACUCGUUGGGAAGCCAAAAUAGAUUCCGUUAAAGCAGUGUACACACAGUUUGAAGAAACAUGUAAUGCCUUGGAAGAACUAACUGAAACAAGUAAUGACAACGCUGUCGUUUCCGAAGCUCAAAGUAUACUAAAUUCAAUACAAAAAAUGCCUUAUAUUUUAUCUUUAUCAGUGUGGUUCACAACAUUAUCGAAAAUUAAUAGCAUCAACAAAUUACUUCAAGGAAAAGCAAUGGUUCUUGACUCGGCACUUAAUUUAAUAAAUAAAAUUAACGAGAAUGUCCAAAAUUUAAGAUCGAAGUUUAAUGAAUUUUUAGAAAAAGCAAGAACUACAGCGCACCACAUGAAAAUUUCAGCAGAUUUUCCUGAGAAACGUAUUAGGAAAAGAAAACGAAUAUUUUCCGAAUUAGCGGAAAAUGAAGUGUUGGAAAACCCGGAAGAGGAAUUUAGAUGCAACUUUUUCAACGUUAUCAUUCACACCAUUAUUGUGCAAAUAGAGCAAAGAUUUCAAAAUAUUCCUAAGGUUAUUUCGAAUUUCAAAUUAUUUACUAAUAUAAAAACCUUAGAUCAGUGUGAUUUAGAAAAUUAUUCAAGAAGUUUUAUAAAACUGUAUAAUAACGAUGUAAACGAAGAUUUAAUUCAAGAAAUUUCCUUAUUAAAAAACUUAAUUUUGAACGAAAACAAUUUAAAUAGCGUCCAAGAUAUUUUACAGUAUAUUUUAGACAAUAAUUAUAACAAACUAUUUCCAAAUGUGCUAACUGCUUUAAAAAUUUUCUUCACGUUACCGGUUCUACAGCAUGUGCAGAACGUUCCUUUAGUAAAUUAA